CCGGGGUUCGAACGAAGUGCGGAGAAACAAACAAAAAUAGCAAAACAAAAGUCUGUCAAGCGUUGAGUUUAGUAUUUUUUUAUGAAACUUUAAUUUUAGUGAAAAUGUUAUCAAAAUGUGUGAUAGUAACAUCGCUAUGCAGUCUCUUGCUAUUUGCGUAUGGACUACUCAUAAAUAUCACUAAAAUAGAGGAAAAUCGCUGUAAACUAACGUAUAUGUACGAGUACCCCCAGUUUGUGAGGAUUAGUUUCGCCGAGAACGACCAAUUUCCGGCGUAUGGCUUGUACGCUUACUCGGAGGGCCAGCUGGCCCACAAUGCUCGUAACAUGAUGUUCCGGGGAGCGCCGGUGAUAUUCAUACCGGGAAAUGCUGGGUCGUACAAACAGGCACGAUCACUGGCAUCCGUUGCCCUGCGGAAGGGCAUUGAUAAUGGUAUGCGGUAUCAUCUAGAUUAUUUUACCGUUGAUCUCAAUGAGCAAUAUUCUGGUCUCUAUGGUGGCGUCUUAAACUAUCAAGUAGAUUUCGUACGACUAUGUAUACAAAGCGUUCUGAAUUUGUAUAAAUCAAUACCGGGGGGACCUACGACGGUCGUAUUGAUUGGUCACUCUAUGGGAGGAAAAAUUGCACAAGCUGUGGCGGCGUCACCCGGUAUGGGUCCACUUAUCAAUUCAAUCGUUGCCAUAUCAUCACCAAUGGAUGCUCCGGUCAUUUCACUGGACCAUUAUCUUCAAAACUUCUACAACACGGUUAACAAUCAAUGGAAACAGAAUCGUACAGUCUGUACGACGCCGGAUAGAGCUGCACGUUUGAAAGUUGAAGACGAUUACUGUUUAACGACUGGAAAAGCUUCCAGACAGCUAGAUCAUAUUCUACUAGUAACAGUUGGUGGAGGAAUUCGUGACACGAUGGUUCAUGACAGUUUUACCAAUUCAUUGUUCAGCGACGUCCACUCUAUGACCUACAAUGUUCCAAAAGUGUGGCUAUCAGUCGAUCACCAGUGCGCGGUAUGGUGCUUGCAAUUUGUGCUUGUGAUGAAUCGGUUUUUGCACAGUCUUCUGGACUUCAAUGCCAAACGUGGACCAAAUAAGUUUGUCGAAGAUAAGGACAUAAAGCUAAGGAACGCGCUUUUCUAUCUCAAAAACGUGAGAUCGGUGGAACCAUCUGACAUGGUGGUCAAAAACGACGUCGUAGAAGAGGAUUGGAUUGAGGAUAUACGACGAAAUUUUCAGCUCUCUUUCGAAAAAGGUCUACAGCGUACUCGUGUGCAAAUGAUAAUACUCAAUUCAAAUUCAUUGUAUCGUUUCAUGAAAGCGGAAGUUACCAACCUAGACACUGAUAACUGGAUCUUUGGAUGUACGGCUAAUGAAAUCGAUAUAAACAUGCGUUAUUGUUCUACUGCAACGCCAUUGCAUAAUUAUAGUAGCGUUCUGCCAUAUACUGAAAGUGUUCGCCGGGUUGCUCAAGUGAAUCUUCACACCAUAAAAGCUCAAAACCCGUCAUGGACCCAUUUGUUACUGAAGCUACCCAGAACCGACGAUGCGCUAAAGUUCACCGUGGACAUCAACAAUUAUGACGAUCGUGUGCUGGACAUUCAAAUGCCAAAAUGGUACUCAUUUGGGAGUUCGUUAUUGCUCGAUGACACGGCACUAGGGGCCUCUUUCUAUAAGUUAAGAAUUUUUGGAAUGGAUCAUAGUUAUCAAACGUUGGCUAUUAAUAUUGACGUGCGCUCAUGUAAUGCAGAUAAUCCAUCCGUGGUUGCCAAUAUCAGUGUACCGUGGACUGAUGGGUUCACUAAAUAUUCCCACUAUUACAAAAAGAACCAUAGCGUGAUUUAUGUGUACGCUCCAUAUGACAAACCGAGCGGUUUCAACUCAAGUGCCAAUCCGAUAGCGGUUGAUUUGCAUUUAAACCCAAGUUGCCGAUACACAUUGAGCUCUUCACAGUCACUCAGCGUGAUGAUGGCGAGGAUAGUUCAACAAUUCGGUCAGUGGAUUCCGGCGCAUUGCGUGGCCAUUUUACUCCUAGCAAUCAAGCAUCAGGUGUCUGUUACACCUGAGAAUGAGAGCUUCAAGUGCGGAAAGCUGCAUACAGCGUUGAGCAAAAGUACACCAUUUUUUAUCGUCACAGCAUCACGUGUUUUCACCAAAAUGGUUCUCAUGUUUAAGGUUCUGCCCCAACCCGAGCAGUACGAUUCCUCCAUACUGGUAUCUGUUAUCAUCCACGGAGCAUCUUUGGCGAUUCUCUUGAUAUCGACGGCCUUUGCGUGGGCAGCUAUCGUUUUUUGCGGGAACUUUGUUCAUAAAAUUUUGAUCAAAAUUGUAUGCUUACCAAUACCGGCAUUGUCAUCGACACUGGUGUCUUGUAUUGAAAAGUUCCCCAUGCUUUUUGGAGGAAUACUGAUGUCGAUUGCAUUAGCAUCAUGUGGUAGCGCUGCCUUAAUAUGCGCUUGUGUUGUAUAUUUCAUAAUUCUAACAAAGAUGUAUGAAGACUACCUUGAACAUUUCGUUCUGAAAACAGCCCAACGUAUCGCCCGAAAGCUGUUCGGGAUAGAUAUUCGGUGUAAGGGCGAUCGACAGGAGAAAACCACAAAGCCCAAAGAAGAAACCAAAGAAGCUGCUCCCGCCAGUCAAAAUGCUGAAGCGGCAACUCAACGGCACGAGUACGAUAACGUGCAUCACGGACUGAUCAAUAUUAACUUUCAUUUACCGUUGUUUUUGUUGCUGGUUGUUGUAACGCUUUUGAAUUUCCCAAGUUUUCUAACGUGGGCCAAACACUAUAGACUUUCACCUUCACUGAAACCAGACGCAUCACUUAUUCCUUCAAUCGUAAUACUUGGUAGUCUCUCGGUUUUAUGGCAAAUGAACGUACCAAAAAACAUAUCGGGCUAUAAACUUAUAUCCGGAUUUCUGUACAUCGCUGCCGUGGUGUGUAUCAUUUACUGUCAAAUAUCUCUGUACCGGUUGAAUUUUAUAAUCGCAACCACUUUUGCUGUUAUCACAAUACAUCAACUAGUCGGACUGAAAGUUAGCAAUGAAUAAGAAAUUAACCGAAAGUUGUCUGCAAAUGCCUAGUUAAGUAAAAAAAAGUUUUUAUGCCUAAUAAUUAGAGUAGAUUAAGUUGAACGAGAAUGAGACUAGAGUUGAACAUCAACCCGUUAACUCGAAAAUAUCGGUAUCAAAAAAUAUUUUAUUUUACAAAAUUAGUCAAUGAUUUCGGUCGUCAAAUCGUUCACAGUAGCUUAAGCUAAAAAUGGUUGGUAGUUGUUAGCAAAUUUAUAUGUUUUCUGUGGUUUGUGCUCAUUUUGUGUAUUUUACUUAGUAAGAUGCGUCGAUUUUAAUUUGUCUAUCUUUAAUUCUAAAUCAAUCGAAAACAUUGUUCGAAAAUGAGCAAUGGUUUCAAUUACAUACAAUCGCCCAUAUUAUAUCAGACAGCUUUUGUAAACGAUCGACGAGCUUUUCCUACAAUCCGGGCGUAAUGGAGAUAAACUCAUGAUGAAGGCUUAGAUUCGCCCAAACAGUUGCCAAAAAGUUAGCUUGUUAAAUAGGGUUGGAUCGUAAUUUUCCGCAGAUCCGACUCAAACUCAGCGAGGAUUGCUCUGAGAUAUUUGCGCGACAUUCAUAUUUUUUGUAUCGAAUUUUACUCCGAAUAUGAGUUUUCAGAACAUUAUAAAUUAAUGUCAGUCGUGUGGUCUAAUACCCGGAAAAUAGGCAAUUAACUUUGAUUGAACUGACAGUUCGAGGUUGAAGCUUAACUGAAAACGAUAAUAGUUUGCACAAGGCAAAACAAGUGUCCAACCAGUUUUUAUGACCAGUUGAACAGUAAGAACUUAUCAAAAACUCUAGAUCGCACCAUGAUUGGAGAUAAAGGGUCGUCCCUAGUCGAGCUACAAUGCAUUACAAAAACUAAAAUAUCUAUUGUUUAAUGAAAUGAAAUAGAUUAGAUUAGUCGUUUGUUUGAUCUCAAUCAACAGGAUUAUAUUACAUGCUCGUUUUUGUGCUCAAUGAUCACUUUAUUAAGUUAUUGACGACCAACACACGACUCAUAUGUCCUGAAUGUGUCGGCCUUGUUGACCGAUUACUAAAUACUAUAACAAAUUGUCAAUAGCAAAGAACACAUCUAAAACUACACUUCAAAUAAAUCAAACACAGAAUAACACCUAUUGAAUAAACCGGAUUUGCUUCAAAUUGGCUCAUGUAGUCCAUAAUUAGUUCUAGCUGCAGGAAGAUUCAGGAACGAGUGUGAUCUGAAAUUGCAGCAGCGAGUGGUGAUGUCUAGAAAACUGAAUAGCCUAGGAAAGUCGUUGCUUCUUUGCAAAAGAUUGCCGUUGAAGCGAGCCUUAGCCAUGUUACGCCUUGUGUCAUCAAUUGUAGUACUCUAGCAUAAUAAUCAGGAUAUUUUCAAAUGAAUAAUUUAACAGAAAUGCGGAAUCAACAGAGGGUGGUAGAAAUAUUCUUUCCCAAGUCAUUAGUUAUGUUCAAAUAUAAUAUUAGAUUAUUUUUUUGAAAUAGAGCAAUACUUAAAAAGGGUCUACUACAAAAGGCCGAAUCAA